UGGCCGCUUCAGGCAGCUGACAUUCUGCAUGAUGGCGACAGAGGUUCAGAGCGCCGACCUCAACAAUGGCAGUUCUAGCCGGCUCGAAGUCUCCAUCGACGGCCUCACCCUCAGCCCCGAUCCCGAGGGCGAGCAAGUCGCUGAACCUGACCCCGAGCAUGAUACGGAGGACCAGAGCGCCACCGACGAUAGGGAAGAAGGCGAGUCUUCCAAAACCACGAUAGAGAGGAAAUGGGGCUUUGGUUUGCUGGAGCUAUACAGACUAGCCUUGAAAUUCUUCAAAGAUAAGGAUGGCAAGGCCUUCCACCCCACCUAUGAGGAGAAGCUUCGUCUGGUGGCCCUCCACAAGCAGGUGUUACUGGGGCCAUACAACCUCGACGCCUCUCCAGAGGUGGGCUUCUUUGACGUCCUGGGAAAUGACCGCAGGAAAGAGUGGGCUGCUCUGGGUAACAUGGAGAAGGAGGAGGCUAUGGUGGAGUUUGUCAAGCUGUUGAACAAAUGCUGUAAUUUAUUCGCACCCUAUGUCACCUCUCACCAAAUAGAGAAGGAUGAGCAGGAGAGGAAACGGAGGGAGGAGGAGGAACGACAGCGCCGGGAGGAUGAAGAGAGGGAGCGACAGAGGCAGGAGGAGGAGAGGCAGAUGAUCAAAGAGGAGGAGAGGCUGAAGAGGGAGGAGGAGGAGAGGAGGCAGUUGGAGGAGGAGAGGCUACGGGUGGAGCAGCAGAAACAGCAGAUCAUGGCAGCACUGAAUGCCCAGACGGCGGUGCAGUUCCAGCAGUAUGCUGCCCAGCAGUACCCAGAGAGCCCUGAGCAGCAGCUGGGUCUCAUACACCAGCUACAGGAACAACACUACCAACAGUACAUGCAGCAGCUCUACCAGGUCCAGCUGGCACAACAACAGGCAGCCUUACAGAAGCAGCAGGAAGAUGCAGUGGUGAAGGCCACCCUGGAGGCCACGAGUGAGCCUGUAGCUGCAGCGCUCACGGCUAGAGAGAAGGUCCCCUUGCUCAAUGGCCAGUCAGACUCCCACUCUGAGGGCAUGAACAGAGAGCCAGAGCGUUUAGAUCCUGCUGAGGAGGCCACUGAGAAUGGGCCAAUAGGUACACACACGCAAAGGCCAGCAGACUCUCCCCCGGUCAUAGCAGCCCCCUCCAUGUGGACGCGACCCCAGAUCAAGGACUUCAAGGAGAAGAUUCGGCAGGACGUGGACAGUGUGAUCACGGUGGGGCGUGGCGAGGUAGUGACAGUGCGAGUGCCCACCCACGAGGAGGGCUCCUACCUCUUCUGGGAGUUUGCCACGGACCACUACGAUGUCGGCUUCGGAGUCUUCUUUGAGUGGACAGAUGCCGCCAACGCCUCGGUCAGUGUGCACGUCAGCGAGUCCAGCGAAGAAGACGAGGAUGAGGAAGGUGAGCCCCCUAGUGAGGAGGAGAAGGCUAAGAAAGAGGCAGGGAAGCCGCAGGUGGAUGAGAUAGUGCCGGUGUAUCGGCGGGACUGUCACGAGGAGGUCUACGCCGGCAGUCACCAAUACCCUGGCCGUGGGGUCUACCUUCUCAAGUUCGACAACUCUUACUCUCUUUGGAGGUCAAAAAGUGUCUACUACAGAGUCUACUACACCAGAUAAGCCUGGAGGGACUACAUGAGGCAGGGUGUGUGUUUGAAGAGAGGAAGGGGGGGAUGGGAUGAUCUGUUCUGGACUAGAUCUCCAGAGGGCGAUAGAGUUGCGUCGGACUCCCGUUGGAGAUGGGACUCCUGUCUGUUUGUGUGUGUGUGUGUGUGUGCUUACACCUCAUUGGAGCCUGUGGAGUCCGGGAGGUAAUUAACCCUGUAGUGUAUUCACCACCUGUCGUCUUCUCGCUCUUAGAGAUCAACUGUAGGACUUUCUUGUAUUUAAUGGCCAUCUUUCCUGCCCAAACAUCAUCUAACCCUAGUCUGCCCUGUCAUGUCAUUGUUAUGGCUGUGCUUUGAGACACUCCUUAACCUGAGUUUUUAAAUUUAACACAACUGAAGUCCAUACAGGGUUGGGGUUUUGUCCAAUGAGACGAGUCAUUGAUCGAACGGAGUCCAAACAUAGUGACACUACACUACAGCACCAUGCCUUUGUACUACAGAAGGAGUCCCUCAUAGACCACCACGGAGUAACACUAAAACACACUCAUCUGAACUCAGUCAGUUACUCCUCAAGUGGCAACGCUUCUAUUGAAAGAGCUACGGCCAAAUCCACAUCAACCCCUAGCACCUACCAGCUACAUACUUCUGGAGAUCUGAGAGGGUUGGAUUUAAGACAUGAGCAAUAUUGCAGGAUUUCUAGUAUAGCCUGUCCUAGGCCAUGGUGGAGCUAUUAUAUUGAUAUUAUCUAAGCAAUCCUUUCAGAUCUCCACAAGUGCAAAGGGGGGAGGGGCUAGGGAUUCAUUUGGGAUUGUACACUGUUCAACUGAGCGAAGGAUGAGGAAGGGGUUGGAAGGGGUAUAGGGUUGGAAGAGGGAUAUGACAUGUACAUUGAAAAGUUCGGUAUCUCAAAAUGGAAUGCUGAAAAAAGCGGGAGUGUGUCUAUUAUUAUUCACCCUUUCUUGUAGUGUAGGAUCAUUUUUGUGUCGGUAUAAUAUUUGGGUGUAUUUCAUCUCCAACCAGUGGCCUCCCUGCUUCAGGAGACAUGUCUCUAUAGUCUUUAGAUGCUUCCUUUCCUUCGUGGUCACUGAUCUCAAAGGACAUGAGCGGUGAAAAUAAGGAUGGAAACUUACCCAUCUUUCCCUAUCAGUGGCUAUGAAGGACAGGGGACAAGGAAAGCAAUCCAGUAAGGCGUAUUGGGACACCCCCAUGUCUGUUCUGAAGGAGACUAGGCAUUGUCAUCUAUUGAUCACUCUUGUGUGUUGAGUUUGUCCGUGGACUGAAGAUGCUAAACCUAUUUCAUACAUACGAACUGCCGGCUAAUACAAUAACAAAUUGAAAUCCCCACCCGUUUCAGUAAAAAGCUGAGAGAUAGGGCCGGAGAAAGGUAACCACUCUCAAAUUCAUUGACAGAGCUAUGGAUGCAAGGACUGACCAUCCACGAGUACAAUUAUAGUUUUAACCAUAUAUAGUGCUUGUUUACAUUUACUUUGUUGACCGACAUUGGAGUGAAACGAGCUUAUAUUUGAAGUUCUGAUGGGUUAUGACAGUUGAACUGAAGUCAUUAAGAAUUUAACUUAGAAAUGCCUCAAGAAUCAAUGGGAAUAUUUCAUUCAUUCAGAAGUCCGAAGAGGGAUGGUGCAACUGCAGAUUCCCCUUUUUAAGAUGAGUUUUACUGUGACAUCUCUCUAGCAUUUGAUCUAUCUGUCCUAAUUGAUGGAUUGAUUCCGAUUUUUUUCCCUCUCAAAUAUGACAGUCUGCUAUCUAGUCUAGUCAUCCAUGUCUCUUGUUGAGAGUAAUCAGUUACUAACUGAACUCAGAUUGAGCUCUGAAGGUGUAUUUUUCUUUAACUCUUACUGUAUGAUCUCUUAGUUGUUUAUUUUGUUGCCAUUAUUUGGUAUUGUCCAGUCAGAUGUUCCUCCAUAUUGCAUCUGCAUGCUUUGUGUUUCACUUGAAGUCAAAGUCAGAUAGCCACCAGGGUUUGUUUUAUUUAAAGAAAGAAAUGUUUUUAAAUAAAAGGUUAACUAGGCAAGUCAUUUAAGAUCAAAUUCUUAUUUACAAUGAUGACCUACUCCGGCCAAACCGUAACCCGGAUGACGCUGGGCCAAUUGUGCGCCGCCCUAUGGGACUCCCAAUCACGGCCGGUUGUGAUACAGCCUGGAAUUGAACUCGGGAGCUGAUGAUUCUGUAUGAAUUGUUCUUCUUUUGAAAUAGUUUUUCGAUUAAUCAUACUAUUGUUUGGUUUCUGAUGAGUUUCCAAGUCUCCUUUCCAUUCAAAGAUGCCUGACAUUAUAUUCACACUUAAUAACGUCCGCUGUGCCGAGGUUGGUUGGACAGUGUCAUCAGACGGGCUCAUCAACGGGUCAGAAAGAGAUUGGCUACCGAUAGGCCUUAUUCUAUUUCAAUCACCAACUCCCUCUCCUAGUUGUAGUUCCUACUGGUUGACUUGUGUCAAGUGAUAGGAUUGGAAUGUGGCAAUGGUUUUGACCCAGAAAUUGAGAAAUGCAUCAUGCAAGGCACUAUUAAUGGUAAAGCUAGUCAGGAGCCACAAAGUUCAAGAAAUCCCCAUUAUUGAGCUCUUUCAUUGUGUUAUGUUCAUUUGUCUGAAGUACUUUUGUUCACCAACUUUAAGCCUAAUGAUACAGAUUGUUCUAUCCUUGUAUAUCAUUAUAUAAAUGGGUUUAAGUGUGGGUUCUAGAGAUGGGGGGGGGGGGGGGGGCAUGAGUUGAUGCGUGGAGAAGGGGAUAUUAUGUACAUUGUUCCCAAAAAUAAAAGUCAAAUUCUAAAGUGUAAACUGAAAGACUGGGUGAAAUGUGGGGGGGGGGAAAGCUCAUCCAUUUUUGUAUUGCUUUGACUUUUUUUUGAUCUGUGAGUUUAAAGAAGAAUCUGUCAUAUUUAAUAUUGAUUAAACUUAUGUUCAUCUCUAUUA